AUUAAAAAAAAAAAAAAACAUAAAUAAAAUAAAGAUGUAAUUCUCAAAUUAUCAGCAUAAAUGCAAUAACUACUGGUUUGGGUUGGGUGCAGACCCAGUUAUCGGGAAUACGAAAUAUCGCCAUAUAAAGAUUUUCCGGAAACGGAAGAAAAAACUCGGAUUAAAGAAAGCGGCGAGUUCUUUAUUUACUACACCCUGUUCGCUUACUAAGCUGGCGACAUCCAUCGGCCACCGCCGUGCUAGUAGCGGAUAAUCAUAUUUCCCCAUUAAGAAUCUUUAAGGCCUCUCUUAGAAAAAGCGGGACAAAAAAUAUGGCGGAAGAAGAAGAAGAAGAAGAAGUGUUGAUAGAAGUGGAAGCGGUUCAAGCAAUGUAUGGAGACGACUGUGUAGUUAUUGAUUCAUUUCCUCCUCAUCUUCAUGUACACAUCAAGCCUCGAACUGCCGAUGUCUCUUCCCAACAGUUUGUGGAAGCAAUUAUUGGGAUACGAGCAGGUCCCAAGUAUCCAAAUGAACCACCCUGUAUUAAUCUUAUAGAAUCCAAGGGCCUUGAUGAUCAAAGGCAGAAGCAGCUAAUAUCUAGCAUACAAGAUAAAGCAUGUGAACUCUCCUCUUGUUUGAUGCUUGUAGCUCUUUGUGAGGAAGCAGUGGAGAAGCUCUCUAUUAUGAAUCAUCCUGAUGGUAAUUGUCCAUUGUGUCUGUAUCCUUUGGUCCCAGAAGAUGAACCUGAUGAAACCCUGCCAUUCAUGAAGCUGAUGUCUUGUUUCCAUUGCUUUCAUAGCGAAUGCAUUAUGAGGUGGUGGAACUGGCUCCAAAAAGAGAAAGACAGCAACGCCAGCUCGUCAUCUAUCACAACUGUGCAUUUUGUCGAAGGCAGGGUUAAUCAGAAUGCUAUACAUGAGUUAAUGGGAGAAAGUUUGGGGAACUGUCCGGUUUGCCGCAAGGUCUUUCAUACCAAGGAUUUUGAACAUGUGCUCAGCUUGGUUGGCGUGCAUUGCUUUGAAUUGAGCUCUGACAGAAAGGAAGUCAAUAAGGAGUUACUCCAGUCUGAUUCAGAGAGCAUUAGAAGACAGAAGUUUGAGGCCUUAUUGAAACUACAGCAAGAAAACAAUGGCUUAAUCGAGCCAAAAAAAAGUCUAGUGGUUUUGCCUGGCAUGUAUCUUCCUCAACCAGUUACUGUGCCUGCCCAGAUGGUGAACAAAGAAACCACUGUAGAGACGCAAAGAGACUCAAGAGUCUCUAUGGAAACAAAAACUGGGGAUUCUUCAAAUAAACCUAGCCCCAGGGAACGCAGAAACUUGGGCAGGAGAAUGCAAGUAACACAAAAUGCGAGGAAACAAGUCAGACAGUGGGUCAGAAAAGAGGACGGUCCUUCUAAUUGAAAAGAUGUUAUACCAAUUUAUAUAGUGUGUGUAUAUAUAUAUUUACUUUACAGUAUAAAGCUCUUGUUAAAUCCAAAUGUGAUAUGAGAGGGUUGCAAUAAACGUGGGGUGCCUCUUAUAAUCCUUA